CGUAUCAUUAUAUCGCAUACUUGAAAAUUGUAUGUACUCCUUACUACGAGAGAGAUUAUUAGAUAAAUCGUUUAAUGAUAAUACUAUGUUCAUUCUGUAAAAGAAGAUAACUUUUAUAAUAUACUGUCUGGUAUUUGAUUCCACGAUUAUGUAUAGUGCAAUAAUUUAAUUACUCGUGAUCAAAUUCAUUCGAAAAUGAAAUGUCGGUACGAAUUCAAUCGUUGUUAAUAUACAGUACGCUUGUUUCAUUUUAUUUAUGUAAUGGAAGCUAUGCGGGAGAUACGAAUGAAUUUGUUGGUAGUGUGCGAAAUUUGAGUGUGACAGUUUUAAAAGAUCCAAAAUAUGUAGGAAAGCAAAAUGCAUAUAAAUAUUUACGAUUGAAUAUAUCUUGGUUACCACCAGACAGUGUUAGGCAGCCUUCCUCUUACAGUGUUAUAGUCACAGGCAUACCAAUAAGGGAGGGAACAAGUAUCACAGAAUGUCCAGAAGGAUCACUUUUUUUUAUACUGAAAGACAGUACAAAACAUAAUGUAGUGCUUCCUGAAUACAACGAUUUAUUUGAUAUUGCAGAUCUGUAUAUACAACUCAAUUGUUCUUAUAAGGUGCAAGUCCUGGCGAAUCCAAGGUCAAAAUAUAUAAUAAAUACACCUGAAGUUCUUUAUACAGUUCCUGAAUGUAUAGAUCAUUUAUGCAGUUGUGUUAAUGCUAAAAAAACACUGCCGAUUCCAAAAGUAAACAUUUCUCAAGAAGAAAGUGAAAUUGUCAUAACUUGGAGUACAAAUUCUAACACAUCCAAUAUUCAGUAUUAUACAAUUAGCAUUGGUGUACCAAUUUUUAUAUCAAAGAAAGGACUGCCUGUAUAUAAUAUGACAAAACUAGUACAAGUACCCGUAGAUAAAACUGUAUUUUCAUGGGAUUUAAAAGUCAAUAAUCAGUAUAUAGAAAUUACAGAUGGUUAUAAAAUAGCAGUUAAUGCUGUUAAUCAUCAUGGAUGCUCUGGACUAGAGGGAGAUAUUAUUAUACAUUUCAUAUCAUCAGCAAAUCGCAAUAUAUGGCUUAUACUAAUUGGAAUACUAACCAGUUGUAUUCUAUUUGGAAUUGUAAGUUUCUUAUUGUAUCGUAACUAUAAUUUCUUUAUGGUACAUAACAGCAAUAAGUCUGGAAUAUGCACAAUUUCUGAAUGUAAAUGUAAAUGGACAAAAGCAAUACUACAGAAGUUCAACAUUUUGUAUAUUAAAUACGAAUCAGAGGAAGGAUAUAUGGAAGGGACAGAUAAUUUGAAUGUGGCAUUCAAAAGUGUAAAAUUAAUACAUGAGUUGGGUACUGGACAGUUUGGAAAAGUAUAUCUUGGUCAGUUAGAUGAUAAAAACAAUACUUCAGUUGCUGUAAAAAUGUCUCAACAAAUAGAUAUACCCAACAAUUCUGAAAUCCAACAGGAAUUUAUAAAAGAAAUUGAAAUAAUGAGAAUGGCUGGAAAUCAUCCUCAUUUAGUAAGCCUCAUAGGUUACUGUAUUAAACCUACACAACCAACGUGUAUCCUGCUUGAAUAUAUGCAAGGUGGAGAUCUAUUAACUUACUUGCAUGAUCAAAGAAAGCAACAAAAAAAUGAAACAAAUAAUUGCAAACCUGGACAAUAUACAAAUAUUACUAAUAAUUGUAGAGAAGAAAUUGAUGUUUCAGAAACUUUGUAUUCUAUGUGUUCUACGAUACGAAACACAAUGAAUAGUUACAAAUCUAGGCAAUAUAUGAAUAUUAUCAACAAUUGUAAGGAAGAAACAGAAUAUAGAAAAGAAGAUUGGAUUGGUAGAAUAAAAGAACAUCAAUUUCUAAAAUUUGCCACAGAAAUUGCUAUGGGCAUGGAGCACUUAGAAGCUAAAGGAAUUACUCAUAGAGAUCUUGCAGCAAGAAAUAUUCUUCUUAGUGCAGAUUUCACUGCCAAGAUUUCCGACUUUGGGCUUUCUCGCAAUAGUGCAUACGUGAUAAAAAAUAUUGAGAAAAAAACACGUCAUCUUCCAAUUAGAUGGAUGUCUCCAGAAGCUUUGCAUAACUUAGCUUUCUCUUCAAAAAGUGAUGUAUGGUCUUAUGGAGUGGUACUUUGGGAAAUUAGUACAUUAGGUGCGUUUCCUUAUGCAAAUGUACAAGAUGAUCGCUUAUUUCGUUAUAUUGUUCACGAGAACGGUCGCUUAGAGCAACCAGACAAUGUUCCUUCGAACAUUUACAAAUUAAUGCAUUCUUGUUGGGCUACAGAGUGUGAGAACAGACCAAAUUUUACGCAGUUGCUCUCCGAACUACGAAUUCUAACCUCACAUUCAAACAAUUCUUUCUGGACAAUGUCUAAUCCCUGUUACGCAUUACCAUUCUCAGACAAUAUUGCAUAACAUAAUUUGUUUUUUAAAUAUUCAAAAGAACAAAUAUUCCGAAAAAUGAAAAAUAUAUAUUUAUGUAAAAAGAAGAAAUUAAUGUUACUUACGUGUUAUUCUAUCUAUCUUAUCUAUUCAAUGUAUUCACGAGCGUCAAUACAAUCGGAAUUUUUAAACAGAACACCAGUAAACACGUUUAUGUGUUAUCCUACAUCUAUUCACGGUUUUGAUGCAAAUAUAUUUCAUUUAUUGUAUUUUUACAGCUUUAUAUAACACAAGUUUGCAUAUUUAUUUGUUCAUAUCAAAACAAAUAUGAGUACAGAGAAAAUAAUAAAAAAGAAAUUUGAUUCAAUGAAUCAACAUGAAAUUUAGAAGCACUCUUCUUAUUAUAGACUUUUGUUUUAAAAAGGCAAGCGUUUUAAUUUUAAUCUGUAGCCAACAGCCAUAGACAUACAUAUACAUAUCUAAAUGUAUAACAGGCCAUGGUCUUGAUACUCAUAUACCGAAAGCAUAAAAAAUGUCCGAAAAUUGAGUCGUAAAAAAACAAUAUGGAAAACAAGGAACGCAUGCGCAUGCUAUGAAUGUCUCAAAUAGAGACCGAGAUACUCUACUUCUCCCUGUCUAUCUCGCAAGAACGAAGACUCUGUUGUCUUCUAUGUUGAUUUUUCAUGACAUAAUUUUCAAACAGUUUUCCUAGCGAAUGUCGAGAUUUGUUUAUAUCGUGGACAUGAGUGCGAGCUGUAUAGAGAUAGAAUGCGUGAGCGAGAAAAUGAUAUAGAAAUAGAAAGAGAACGUUGCAUAGAGACUCUUUGUGUCUUUGUCUAAUAACUAAUAACACAUGACACGAUUCAUACAAUACAAAUAUUUAAGUGGACGAUAAUAUAUAUAUAUAUAUAUAUAUAUAUAUAGGUGUAUAAGAGUAGUUUCUGUGUAUCUUUCUAUUCUCACAUCGCAUCUACUUAGAUACAUGAUAACAUAUGACUAUCUUUAUUGUAUCUCUAUGUCACGUGCCUUAUUGCCCCAAUCAUUCUACUUCGAUCCUCGCUCAAUCAGCUGCGAACGCAAUAAAUGCUAGAAGCGCAAAAAAGAACCAAGCGUGCGCAUUCGCAUCACUUAUCAAUAAUCAGAGUCAUGCAAGAAGUA